UGGUGGUAGAACAGAGGGAGCAGGAUGGCUGAGAAGGAAGCAAACGGGUGAGAGCAUCUUCUCCGAGACGGAGGGGGCGGGAGGCUACCUUAGAGAAGGAAACAUCGCGAAGUGGCGGUGAACAGGGAGAAGACGCAGGCAUUUAUUUAAGCCCGGACUCAGCCGAGGAACGUCUGAAAUAAUAACAACACUAACAAUAAUAAUAAUGCGGGCAUUCUCCCCCACUGCUAAACAAUCAUAUGCAACACGACAGGAACCUCGUCUCCCUGUUUCAGGAAGACGUUUCAUCUCAAAACCUCACCCUCCAGUUGUAGGCCAUGUGAGCCACCACAAUAUUCAGCUAAGCUGGGACUUGGAAGAACAACGAAAAGGUCCUCAGGAGCAGUGGUUAAAAUUUUCAGUUGAAGAAGAGGAUGCUAAGUUGCAUAGAUAUGGUCUAAUUUACACGGGAUAUGCCCGACAGCAUGUUGUGGAAGGUCUUGAACCUAGAACAACCUACAGAUUUCGACUUAAAGUCACAGACCCUGCAGGGGAGUCUGUUUACAGUGCACCUGUUUGUGUAACCACAACAAGUGAACCAAUGAGUGGAGACCAUCUCCAUCGUGCUAUAAGCAGGAAUGAUGUAGAUGGAGUUCUUACUAUUCUUAAGGGAAGGCAAGUGGUGGUAGAUACACUCAAUAAACUAGGAUUUACAGCUUUGAUGGUUGCUUCACAAAAAGGAUAUACUAGACUUGCACAGAUUUUGGUAGAAAAUGGAGCAGAUGUGAACAUGAAGAAUUCCAGUGGAAAAGACAGUUUAAUGAUAGCUUGUUUUGCUGGUCACCUGGACAUCGUUCAGUACCUCAGAUCCCAAGGAGCUUCUUGGUUCGCCGGAGACCUUGGGGGAUGCACAGCUAUGCACUGGGCUGCCGAUGGAGGACACUGCAGUGUUAUUGAGUGGAUGAUCCAGGAUGGUUGUGAGGUUGAUCCUAAAGACACAAGCUUGGAGUGGACUCCGCUGAUAAGACUGUGCGCAAUAAGCGGAAAACCAGCUGUGGCCACACUUUUACUAGAUGCUGGUGCUAAUGUGAAUGCAAAAGAUAAGGACGGCAAGACACCUCUGAUGGUGGCAGCAUUAAAUAACUAUGAAGAAUUGGUUGCAUUACUGUUAGAGAGAGGAGCAGAUCCUGAUGUUAAAAAUGAGUUCGGCAAAGGUGCCCUGGAUAUGGCGAGAGGUAUGAAUAGACAGAGUGUAGUUUCGAUAAUAGAAGAUAAAAAAAGGCAAUUAAGUAGUGUGGACAUUGAUCUUUCUGCAUCCUCUGCUACGUAGUUCUGUGAAGCAAAUAAUUUAAAUCCUAAUCUUUCCUCCCAAGAAGGUCAGACCACAAGGACUGAAUUCUAGUUGUUUCCUUUUUCCUGUUUAGCUGUUACACAUUCUUAGACACCUUGAUUAAAAUGGUAGCUUUGCUUCUUCA